GUGCAGCUGGUGCAGCUGGUGGCGAGGAUGUUGGUGGGAGUGGAAGUAUCCGCCGUAAGGUAAUGAAUAUAUCACAUACGCAGUUUAAAAACGUUGGAUGUUUAGUAUUUAAUCUUUUAAUGUGUAUUAUAGAAACAAAUUGUAUGGAAUGAUGAGUAUAUCAGAAUAUUCUUGGAGCUUCUUGAUGUUGAAUUGGCUAGAAUUAGAUACAAGCAGAAGCUACCGAAAGAAAUCGGCCGAGUGCGGAUUUGUGAAAAGUUUUUGGAACAAACUAAGAUAAAUCUUCUGUGGGAUUCUUUCAAGAGCAAAUACGAUGCUUUGAGAAAUAAGUGGAAUGCUUAUAAGAGGCUGAGAAAUUUCACUGGAAUACACUAUGAUCAGAACACGGGUUUGAUUUACAUGGAUCCGGACUGGUGGGUUGACCGUGAAAAGGAGAUACCAUAUGCCAAAAUUAUCCGUGAAGAAGGAAUUCCCCAUAUGGAGCUUAUGAGACGCAUAUUUGGUUGUCAAGGCAGUAAACCAGAAGCUAUGUACCCAACUCAUAAGCAAGAUGCAAACAAUACUGAGGUAGAUGAGAGGCAAUCAGUGGACAAGUUCGUUCCGAUAGCCGUAGAUGAUGAUGGAGAUGAUUCAAACCGUACUCCUACAAAGGAUGCACAUCUACAGUCUCAAACCAUCACAAACGAAUCUCCUCCACUGUCGCCAAUUGGUCCAGCGAAGCGGUCAGCUAAAAAACAAUCACGUGUUACUCCAUACCCAAGUAAUCGAGGGAAAGAUGUACUACGGAGUGGAGAAAAGAACAUGCCACGAAGAAGAACGGCAUUUGAAACAGAGAUGGGUGGACAAUUCAAAGAAAUGAUGGAAUUUCGUCGUGCUCAAGUAGAAGAGGCAAGAGAACGUAGAGAAAAGAAUGAAGCUACACCAUACAAAGAGGCAUAUGGAGUCUUGCAAUCAAUUCAAGGUUUGACAAGGUGGACAGAUUUUUGGUGGGCGUGUAUCAAAGUNUUAUUCCCGAGACCUCCUAUAGGCUUCAUAGAAUUCCAGAUGCUGAUUUUGAAGAUGAAAAUGUCACUGCUGGAGAUAGUCGUGGACGACGAUUUGCAGAAGGCGAACUUAAUCGACUUGAGGAAGAAGAGGGAACAAAUGAUGGCCAAUAUAUGA